UUAUUUAAUAAACAGGUGCGCCAACGUACCCAACCUAAAGAAACAGAGAUGGUCAUGACGAAAUAAUGACCCAUAAUUUGGUUAGUUUAUGGUCUAUCAUCUUUAAUGACAGUUGGCCACCAACGCUUACUAUCAGUUGAAGUAAGAAGACUUUGAUUAGUUGAGAAAUAACCAAGUGUAUACAAAGGAACUAUUUGCUGUUGGUAGCUGAGGCUACUUCCUGAGGUGUACUCCGGCUGUUUACACACAUGUGAAAAACACGUGGAUUUGAGGGUAGUCUUGUUUGCGGGUAAUUUAUUUUCGAAAAUGCCGCGUAGGGUGGUGUUUUUCUGGUGUCGGCAGACGAGAUGGGUAACAUAGAACAUUUCUGACUGCGUUAUUCGGCAUCAAUUCUGUAAACUGAUUUUUAAUGAUUUUUUUUCUUCUAUAGUAAUAUAUAGUGAAAAUAAUUACCGGUGUGAUACCUUAAGGGCUAACAAAAAAGAUGAAACUUAAUGAAAUAUUUCGUGUUAUUUAGUAGUGGUGUUCCAAUCAUCGAUUAUAAUUGAAAAUCAGUUGAUUGUUGGCAAAUUCUAAGCACUGGAUUAUGAAAAUUUUAUUCCAAUUAAUUGGGUUUUCGAAGAAUAUUCCUGCCGUGACCUAUCUCGUAACCUAAAUGUUUUGUUUAUCAUAAUACAGGGUUCGAAAUUACCUCAUGUCCGUAAGUCCGAGACUAGUAAAAAACAUGUCGGACUAGUAAACUCUCUAUAGCACUAGUCUGUACGGACUAGUGAAAAUCCGGAAAUCAAUCUUGAAUUGGUUAAGAUUUUAGCCAGAUUUGUCUGAGUCUCUUAGAUUACCUGCAUGGUAAGUGUUUGUGUGACUAUGACAUCCUGAUCUUCCAAACACAUGGAGUGCAUUCAAGACCGCCGUUCUUCGAACGAGCACAAAUUCCUACCGAUUCCAAACUUCAUAACACUGUGGCUCAUGGCUUGGUGAAUCGAGUGAAUUUUAUUGACUUUAUUGAUAAAAUUUCGAACUCCUGUGACUCUUAAGAACUGAGCACGAAAACAACAGGAACGUCGAUCUCGAACGUACUUAUGGACGUUUAUAAAAGGAUUAACUCGCAGGUUACUGUAUGAUUCUGAAGACCUUGAAUGCAAAAUAAGGGAGGCUGGACAAGUAAACAAAAAUGGCAGAUAAAAAAGAUAAACUCCUGGUGGCUGCCAUAGACUUCGGUACUACGUUUUCUGGAUAUGCAUUUUCUUUCAAACAUGACUACAAAACGGACCCCUUGAGGAUUUCCACCAAUCAGAAUUGGGUCGCUGGUUCGAGAGGUCUAGUAUCACUAAAGGCACCAACAUGUGUUCUGCUGGAUUCAAAGAAAGAGUUUUUGGCAUUUGGAUAUGAAGCAGAGGAUAUGUAUUCGGAGCUGGCUUUGGAUGAUAAUCAUUUCGAUUAUUACUUUUUCAAAAGAUUUAAAAUGGUGCUUCAUGACACAAGGAAAUUGUCCAGAACCAUUUUGAUAAAGGAUGACAAAGGCAAAGAAGCCCCAGCAUUAGACCUCUUUGCUCACGUCAUAAGGUAUCUGAAGUCCCACUUGCUUGAUUCACUGGAUAAAAAAGGCACCACUGUUAACAACUCCGACAUUCACUGGGUCUUAACCGUGCCUGCCAUCUGGACUGACUCCGCCAAACAGUUCAUGAGGGAGGCAGCCGACAAGGGGGGCAUAGACCAGAAACAACUAACUAUUUGCCUUGAGCCCGAGGCAGCAUCGCUGUAUUGCCAACACCUGCCCACUGAAAAGCUGAUGGGCAACCCAGGGACGCAGUCCUUCCUUUCCUCCAACUCAGGAACCAAAUACAUGAUUAUCGAUCUCGGAGGUGGAACAGCAGACAUAACAAUCCACCAAAAACAACCUGACGGUACUCUGAAGGAAUUAAACAGACCCACAGGGGGACCUUGGGGAGGGACAAAAGUAGAUGAGGCCUUCCAUCAGAUGCUGAUCAAAAUCAUUAGUGGACCCUGCUUCAAGAAGUUCAUGGACGAUUGCAAAGCAGACGAUCUGGACAUUCACCGGGAACUGGAAACAAAGAAGAGGACAAUAAAACCAGAUUCAGAAAGCAAAAUCACAGUCAAGUUACCCGUGUCCUUGGUGAUGACAUUUGAGGAAGAGACGGGGGAGAAGAUUAAGGAGGUGCUACAGCAAAUGAAGUAUGCUGAUAAAAUGACCUGGCAGACGGACAAGCUGCGAAUGGAGGCGGGGCUAUUUAAGGACAUGUUUAAGGAACCAGCUAACAUGUUAGUUGAACAUUUACAAGAUUUGAUGACGAAAGAGAAUCUGAAAGAUAUAUCAACACUUCUAAUGGUCGGGGGAUUUUCUGAAUCCCCUAUGAUGUUGGAUGCAGUAAUGAAAGCUUUUCCGAAUAAGAAAGUUAUAGUACCAGAAGAUGCAGGCUUGGCAGUUCUAAAGGGGGCAGUUUUGUUCGGUCAUAAACCUCAGGCAAUCACAAUCCGCAAAGCUAGGUACACCUAUGGAAUAAAUAUUUCCCCACCAUUUGUGAAAGGAGAUCAUUCUCCAACAAGGAAAGUCACUAUAGAUGGGGUGGAUCGUGUGAAAGAUGUCUUCAAAAAAUACAUACAGUGUGAUCAAGAUAUUCGGGUGGGGGAGGCUGUCAGUGGGCGGCAUGUCACGAUUAAAAGCAACCAAUCAGAAAUGUUGUUGAAGAUAUUCGCAUCAGAAGAUCCAAAUCCAAAAUAUGUUACUGACAAAUCUUGUGAAUACCUAGGAAAAGUUGUAGUGAAACUGCCAGAGGCUAAAGAGAGACUAAAAGUGGAUGUGAAAAUGAUUUUUGGAGAAACUGAGUUGAUGGUAGAGGCUAAGGAAUCCACCACAGGGGUGCCAGGAAAGGUGUAUUCCUCGUAUUUCGACUUUUUGUAGCUAACCAUAUCAAUUAAGAUUAUAGUGUGUCUCUGCUUCAGAGUGUAAGUGAUUCAAAACUACAGAAUUACUUCUCAUGUUUUAUUUUGUAAGUUGCAAAUAAAUAAAACAAUAUUCAGCUGGA